CCUCGGUCUCCGAGCUGAAGUCAGGAUUCCCAGUUGAGUCGAGGCUCAGUCCGUUACACGCCGCGAUAUCUUGCCUGCCGCUGCCGUUCUCCUCUGCCCGAUACGUCUGUCUAACCGCUCACCAUGGGAGUCGAAGGCUGCACCAAAUGCAUCAAGUACAUGCUCUUCUUCUUCAACUUCAUCUUCUGGCUUGCAGGAGGUGUAAUCCUGGGUGUGGCCCUGUGGUUGAGGCAUGACCCCAAGACCAGCAACCUGCUGGACCUCGAAUUUGAUGGAGACCACGCCCCCAGCACCUUCUACAUCAGUGUCCACAUCCUGAUUGCAGUCGGCGCGGUGAUGAUGGUGGUUGGUUUCCUUGGAUGCUAUGGCGCCAUCCAGGAGUCCCAGUGUCUACUGGGAACUUUCUUCGCCUGCCUGGUCAUCUUGUUUGCCUGCGAAGUUGCCGCUGGAAUCUGGGGCUUCAUGCACAGAGACACUGUGUCGAGGGAGAUGAUUAACUACUAUGACUCUGUGUACGACAAGGCCAUAGCACAAAGCCUCACUGACCAGAACAAGAAAAAGGCUGCUGCCUCCGUGCUCAAGGUCUUCCAUGAGACGCUGAGCUGCUGUGGUAAAGGCCAGGGGACCAGUUUUCUGACACACUUUACAGACACACUCGGCCUGACCGACCUCUGCCCCACCUCUGGGACUACAGUUAGUUGCCAUCAGAGGAUCCAGGAAUUGUUUUCAGAUAAGAUUUACCUGAUCGGUAUCGCCGCUCUGGUGGUUGCAGUUAUUAUGAUCUUCGAGAUGAUCUUCAGCAUGGUGCUGUGCUGCGGGAUCCGCAACAGCCCGGUGUACUAAAGCGACGGGCGUCCAGCCUCCUCGUCACGAAGGAGGGCGACCUUACAGUCUCUGUCUCACUCUUUCUCUUUCCUUUUAUAAGCAGGAAACGUCACAUAUAUUGCUUGCUGGAUUUAGUCAGCUCAACGUAAAACAUCCUCCAUUGAGCAUUUUAAUUACACUGUCAAAGAAUUUUUGUUAGUCACAGAUGCUGUUCUGCAUAUUUAACCCGUGCUAUCCUAACCUGAUAUGUAGAUAUUAUAGCACACUGUCACACAUGAGUCACUCUUGCCAGUCCUGGUGCUCUAAUCCUCUAGUGAUUCAUUCGUUGUUUACUGCUUUCUUGCCUAUGAACAUGCUAUGAUAUUCUUGGUUUUAUGGAUGUUUUUCCACUGUUUUAUGUAUAAACUGUAUAUAAAUAUAUAUAUUAACAGUGUCUUAUGACUGCCUGAGCAUGGAUAUUGUACUACAGUAGAUCCUUCUCCUGUAUUCUUCCUGCACUCUCUGCCUGUUUGUCUUGCCCUAGACUGAACCAGAUGAUGGUGCGUAUGACCGGCGCCAGUGCUUCACUCGUGCCUCACUACGCCACAUCACGGUGGACACGCGCAAACACACUUCCCUGUCCUCACACCCUCGUCGCUGUGUGACGCCCGCAGGGACUGACUAAAGAAGGAAUCACAGUUUUUGCUGGAAGCUGGAACCAAAGUCAGAGUGACCUGAUGUCUGUCAUUUAGGCUCUACGAGGUUAUUUGUUGAUUUGUCUGUGGCUGCUUGUUGUUCAUGAUCCAUGUCCAAAACUGUCUGAGUGCUCAGUAGCAUAAAACAUUUUAGAUCAGUGUUUUUCACAGCAGGUUCCACUCGAUUUUCUUCAAUAGAUUUAAGUUGCUCAAAGUCAUAUUAAGUGUUGUGCUUAUAAACCAUACUUUGGCUUAUUUAUCUAAAAUCAACAUAACAGUUCUUGUUUUUGGCUAGUUUGGUCUAGCCAAGUUGCGGCCUUCUGUAUCAACACCUACAUCUACAUUUUUUUCAAAACAUUUGUAUAGUGUGGGGGAAAAAAGCCCUUCAUUCUCAUAUAGGACAAGUCUGUAUAUCUUUUUGUAUGAUUUACUCCAGACAGUUCGUGCUUUUGCCGCACUGAAGUCAUUAUUCACCUCAGUCCGUUUGAAAUGCUUCUGGAAAGCCCCUGUGGUGCAAUUAUGUGUAAGUAAAAGAUGAAGAUUAAUCUAAAAGAGAUUUUAAAAUGUUUCAUACCACUGUGCACUCAAUUGUGGGGGCCACUUGCUUAAUUGAAUUGAAUAUGACCUGUAACAUUUCCGCUUGAAGCAAGUUGGCCGACACCAGCUGUGACCGACGCUCCUGUUGCAUCUGUGUAUCAGUCGAUGGCGCUUUCCAACAAACUUGUUGACCGUCCACACAUCAGCCAACUGUCCCUGGCUGCUCAGCUCUGUAGGAAAUGAUUAACCUUUUCUCGAUCACAGAGUAAAGACAUGGUGAAACUCCAGCUUGCAGCCAGCGCAGCAGCAGAAAGAGCCUUGGUUUGGUGUCGUGAAUCUGGGGUGCCUUAUCUGGUUGAGUCUAGUCCUGUCUCGUCUGACCCGGUUGUGUCAUUGUACUGUCCCUCCAGCCUCACAGCCUACUAACCUUCCUCAUUGUCACCAUCCACGUAAUAAGUGUUUGCACUGCAGGGCAGGAACGGGACAACAGCAGCUCCCCCAGUGGUUUGCACUAAGCUCUUUGCCCUCCUGCGUAUGUUGCUUAUCUGUUGGUUUGGCCCUGUAUGCACUCCAGAAACCGUUUGAGCUCGUGUAUCAGUGUGCACAUGCAGAGCAGAGGCAGACACAACAUCAUGGACACCAGUGCAGUCAAACUGAGUGUGAGCUGGAACUAUUUUGCAGUGACAUCUGGAGUCUGGAGACUAGUUGAAGUCACUGCACCUGGCCAAGGGAUAGUUCCAGCAUGUAGCUCCCUUAAAACCACAACAAGUCGAAUCUCGUAAUUAACAUCCAACUGUGUCGUAUGCAGCUCCCACAUUAUUACAUUUGUCAGUUUCACACAUUUCUGAUGUUUUGAAGGACUGAUGGGUUUGGGUUCAUGGUUUUGUGUCUGCUCCCAUGAAGACCAUUUUUAAAAGCCUCUGGCAGAUUGCACUCAGUAAUGUUUGUCUUAGCAUCGGGCAGUGCAGUCUCUACGGUGAUGUACAGUGUUGACCAUAGAUCAGUAUUAACCGCCUGCUGAAGUUCAGCCAAUCAGAACGCUCCCACCUGACAACUGAACAUGUUGAUUUAGUCCUGUGGGGUUUUCACUCCGCUGCGUCGUCUUGACAUGUAUUUAGUCCGGAGGUCUGUUCCUACUAGAUCCAGCUGCCGCUGACUCUAACUGCACACCACUGCAGCGCUCGAAGUUUCACGCGUCAUAAACAAACACAUUAAAUCAUAUCAUUUUGUGUAACCUUACAUUUUAUCACAGCUUUUGUCAUCAAACUAAAACCUUGUCUUGUUAACAUCUCAUACUCAAACUGAGAAACAGUAAAAGUGUCUUGUAAUAUUUACAGCUCUGACGUACUAAUGAAAAUCGUGAAGGCUGUAGAAGGAAAAUGUAUGCCUUUUCUCUCCUUGUAUUGUGAUAUCUUUGUCUGGUACGUCGUCAAAGGAGUCUGGACAGAGAGGGUGGAGGAUUUUGUGGCAGUGCUGACUGAGAGGAAGUCAGACCUCCAACACAUACGCUAGUUUAUUCCCCCGGAUCAUUCAGAUAAUAUGACAACACCCAUCAGUCCAGUGUUCCCCAAUGAUGAGGGCGCGAGCUGUGUUCCUCACGGUUCUGUCCAAGUCGCUGCCUUUUGAAUUUGGUAACUGACGCUCAGGAGCCACUGCCACUUAAAUCUCAACCCCUCUCUACUCUUGUAGACUUUGGUUUGCCCAAAUAUAAAGGGAUUAAAUGUAUUUUACAAAUAAGA